AUGUCGCUGAGCCCAAAGCAUACAACGCCUUUUUCAGUGACAGAUAUUUUGAGCCCAAUUGAGGAGACCUACAAGAAGUUUAGUGGCAUGGAUAGUACAGGGAACCUCGCCUCUCCGCUGGGAGCUUACCGACAAUCUCAGGUGUCUCAGACUGGCAUGCAGCAGCACUCUAUGGGCCACAAUGCCACUGUGGCAACGACCUACCACAUGCCACACAGUGUAUCCCAGUUUUCGCACAGUGCAAUGGGAGGCUAUUGCAACGGGAGCAUUGGGAACAUGGGAGACCUCCCGUCCUACCAAGAAACCAUGCGAAAUAGCGCAGCAGCAACAGGGUGGUAUGGUGCAAAUCCAGACCCAAGAUACUCAACAAUUUCUAGAUUCAUGGGACCUUCCACAGGUAUGAACAUGGCCGGGAUGGGGACGCUGACGGGAAUGACGGACGGAUCCAAAUCUAUGCCAACUCUUCACGCUGCGCCUCGGCGUAAGCGACGGGUGCUCUUUUCGCAGGCACAGGUAUAUGAGCUGGAGAGGAGGUUUAAACAACAGAAGUACCUGUCAGCCCCGGAGAGGGAACACCUGGCCAGCAUGAUUCACCUCACACCGACCCAAGUCAAAAUAUGGUUCCAGAACCACAGGUACAAAAUGAAACGACAGGCCAAGGACAAAGCUGCGCAGCAGCUCCAACAAGAUAACAACCUUUGCCAACAGCAGCAGUCCCCGCGGCGAGUGGCGGUCCCAGUGCUCGUAAAGGAUGGUAAACCCUGUCAGAAUGGUUCCAACACACCGACGCCGAACCAGCAACAGCAGCAGCAGCAGCAACAACAACAACAACAACAACAGAACAACUCGGGGGUCGUGCUUGUGUCAUCUAGUAACGCUAUGAAUCAGCACCAAAACCAACAGGUCAAUGCUCUAGUUCAAGCGCAAGACCUGGAGGAAAUGUCACCAAGCCCUCCCUCUCUUCAUAGCCAGAUGAACAGUAUGGCUCAAAUGGACACUUCCGCUGUAGAUUAUACAAAUAACAUGGUCAGUUCAAAUUUGCUCUAUGGCAGAACGUGGUAGUACUGAUCAUAACAUUUCCUAAAUAUAUCUACUGAAAACAUUAAGCUGGAAAAGGCCAAAAGCAGAUGAAACAUAUCAAGCUGAACUAUCUGGUGAGGACAAUGUUUACCCAACGCGUGACAACGGACAUUAGUCACUUGUAUGGGGGCAUUUUUAAGUAAGACAAUUUUUGACCUUUACUUGACACUGGAGAGGCAAGGUGUUUCUGAACUUGUGAACCGAUUUUGGACUUCCCUUUAAUGCUAACGUAGAAUGUUGUUGAAUG